AUGUCCAAACGAGAGUACAGUCUCAUUCAUUCCGAUUUCAAUCCAAAGACGAAAACGAAUGAAAUUUGGAAUGAUUUCAUUAGUGAUCAUGCUUUGGAAGAGAUCGGAAUAACACAUUCAUCAUCAACAAACACAAAGAAACAAAAAAUAUGUCCACGAUCAUUCCAUCAUGAUGAAUACGAAAAGGUGAUCCUUGCAGAUUUUUCGGAUAAUCAUGAUGAUCAUUUACGUAAAUGGGAAUUAUUAUUGAAAACCAAAUUCACUUUGCAGCAGCAAGGAAAGAAGAAAUGGCUUGAACAUCGAGAAUUGAGAUUUGAACAUUUCUUUCCUGUAGAAUUUAUGAAUGACCCGAAAUUUGUGUUCAAUCAUAUUCAAAAGUAUGGUUAUGGAUUGGCCUUUGCACAAACACAAUUAAAACAAGACAGAGAAUUUAUAUUGAAAGUAGUUCAGUGUCAUGGAUCACAAUUGCAGUUUACACCUUUCACUCUUCAAAAUGAUAGAGAAAUAGUAUUGACAGCGAUAAAGAAACAGCCACAUGCUUUUCGUUUUGCCUCAUUCGCUCUUCGCGACGACCGUGAAUUUAUAUUGGAAGCAAUCUGUGGACACAACGGAGAAGUGUUGAGCUAUGCUUCCCCAACGCUCAAAAAAGACAAAGAGCUUUUGUUAGCUGCUUUGAAACACAAUACGUCGUUAAUUAAUGCUUGGAGUCUAUUUUCAUUCCAUAACACAGAUUGGGAAACGAUUUUUGAAGCAAUCAAACAAAACAAAAAUACAUUGGAAGCUGUAUCACAUGAUUUAAUCCAAAAUCCAGAGUUCAUGCUGCAAGCUGUAAAAUUAAUAUUUCCAGAAUUUGAACAUUUGCAGGUGUUUGAUUAUUCAACAAAAGAAAUAAUGAUACGAAUCGUUCAAGAAUUUGGAUUUUUACUCAAGUACAUGUCGAAAGCAUUGAGGAGCGAUCGAGAUAUUGUUAAAGGCAGUCAGCAACAAUGGCAUGGCAUUUGCUUAUGCCUCAAAGGAGUUGAAGAAUGA